CUAUAUAAAGACUUGGUCUAGAAUCUCUCUGCUACAAGGUCUCUGCCUCAACUCAAAACUUCAACCUUCUCCAUCUACACAUCUUCAACAUCAUGACAACACAUAUUUUGAACCUUGCUCUGCUGCUGUCACUGUGUAUGUGUCAUGCUGUGAGCAUGGCUGUGGAAAGAAACAUGCUGGAGACAAUAACUGAAGUCGGGUCAGACUGUGUUCUUGAAUGCACCGCCAAAUACACGCCCGGUGUUCAGUACAGAGCAGUCAGGUGGUACAAGGUCGAAGAGUCCUCUCAACUCUCAGGCCUUUUGACCAAAGACCUCCCUAACGGCACGACGAGAUGGUACACCGGCGUGGACCGAGAGGUGGACCUGCUGGGCGAGUCCCGGAGCAUCCUCCUGCCCAACGUGACGUGCGCAGACAGGGGCGUGUAUGUCUGCCACCUGGCAGCACCUGUGGGCGAGCAGAACCGGGAGGGCCAGGUGCUCCUCACUCUGACAGAUUGUGUUGACAGCUCCACAGAAGCAGUCGUGAUGGCCGACGCUUUCUUGGUCAUUUCCGCCUCGGUGGUGCUGAUGCUUGCACUUGUGAUUUUUUUCAUAAGCUAUGGCAGUUUGAAGAAAAUCCUCAGACGCCAAACAAGCAAGACGCCAAAAAAAGAAACUUUAUUGGAUGCUCCGCUCAAACCGCUUGAAAAAAAGGACUUAAAGUUGAUCUACAAGUUGGGUCCUAAAGUGUCUAAAUCACCCACAGUGAAGAAUAUCUGCGUUUAAAGACAAAGAUGGUGCUGGAAAGAUGGUGCAGGAGGAACGAACGACCAGGAAGACCCACAGAAUAGCUUCUUUUCUUACUUCAUCUAUUACUUGUCCUCAAAUGUUUAAGAGUUAAAAUCAUCACCUUCAAUUUAUAGAACCACCUGCAGCCUCAUCACUAGGACUUUAAAGGAUAAUCCCUCCAGAACAAUCGAGUUUAGCUGCACAACCAGUUAAUCCCAAUCAAAGACUUCUAUUAAAUGUUUGCCCCCCCCCGUAAAUCUUCAGCAGAGGACAAGGACCAACUUGUAGGAAAAUCUUAAGAAGCUAAAAUCAAUGUGGACUCAGAGCGGGCUCUUCCCCCCCGAGACUGGACAGCCAGACAGCAGAGAGAGAUGUCCAGCAAACUGGUGUAAAUGGACGGGGUGCUGGUCAUGGGGUUGCCCGUGGCUCAGGAGGUGCACCGGAUGCUGAGAGGUUAGGAGUUCGAACCCGGGCUCCUCCUGUGCAUGCGUUCUUGGGCAAGACAUCGAGCCCCAAAUUGCUGCUGGUCAGGCCGGCGCUUUGAAUGGUGGCUGCCAUCAGUGUGUAGAUGCUAACCCAUGUAACCCAAUCCAACUUACUAUAUUUAUAUAGCACAUUUUAUAAAUCGUAGGGAUGACUAAAGCGUUGAACAGAACGAAAUAAGCACAGUUUAUGUGAAGGGGUACUGAAGCACUGCUUGUAGGUUUUGCUGAUCAGCGGCCUCAGGCCACAACUACCAAUUACAGGAUGGUGGUUUGAUUACAGGUGUAUCAGUCAUAGAGAUGCAACACAUUCUCACUUUUAACUUGUCAAAUAUCAACGUCAGUGGCUCUAGACAUUAAACUGUGAGGCUCAGGGACGGCGUGUCAGUUUAUGCUACUACAUGCAUUGUGUCUUUUCAAAAUAUACUUUUGUUUUCACAGGAAAUGUUCAGUUUCUGCUCGUUUAAUGCAGUCUUUUUAAAAAUAAACUCAGAAUGUAGGUUAAAAAAAAGUUCUUAGGUUAAUCUCCUUGCAUUUAGGCAACAAAAGCACAUGGUUUGGCCUAAAAUAACUACAUUCACUAACGUAACUUAAAGUCAAGACUCAUGGUUUCAUUCAGGACAGGAGCAGCAACCUUCCAGGUGAUCUGGAGUUUGUCCACCUCAUCUCCCUCCUGGCGCCUUGCUCUUAAUACUACAACAGUUGUUUGGAGAGUCAGAAAAUGUCACUGCCUGACCGACAUAGUCUCAUUCCAAAGUUGCCAAAUAAUGCCUCAGAUACAGACAAAAAAAAAAACAGGCAUCCUUUCACAGCGGUAUGAUACGUAGUCGGGUGGUAUCAGUUAAUAAUGCCAUCAAACGGCGUCAGUUUAAAAUGCUGACAACCAAUAGCGUAAUUUCAAAAUUUAGGGAGUCUGUAGAGGGUGGUUGAAGGGAUGAUGGGUAGGUCCAACAACACUGGACUUUCUCGUUCGCUUCCUGCAUGAAAAACCUAACCACGUGCGUUUGUUGCUCAAUUAAAUCAACGUAAAUAUGCUACAUUUUACAGAUGUUGUUAGUUUGUUUUGAAAAAGACUGUAUGCAUCUAAUGAGCGGAGAGUAUACAUUUUCUCUGAAAGUGUAAGUGUAUACUGAGAAGAUGUCCCAAAACAACAGAUGUACCCAGGAUACCUAGCACCUCAUAUGUAGACGUGACAGUCCACUGACCAAGAUCCAUCUAAAUCUAAUCUGCUGAUAAAGGCUGCAAGAUGUGUUUGAAAAGAUGGUUUGGUCAACCUACCUUAGCCAAAGUCUGUGAAAUCUGUGAACUUAAGGAGCAAUGUAAAGUUAGCUAAUGAUAGCGAUUCAGUGGUGCAUUUUAAUUUUUGGUGUGUCAAAUACAUUAUUUUAUUUCUUCUUUCAAACGCUGCAAGCUGUAUGUGUAAACAGGGAUGUGUUUGUUUAUGUUGUUGUCAGAAUUGAAGAGUAAGAUGAAUGAAAGAGGACAGUGGUCAGAGUUACCAUCAGGUCACUGUGUCCUGAUAAAGGAGGAGUUUCAGAAUGAGGUGAAUGUUGUUAAAGUGACUGAUAGAGAAUCUAGAACAGCCCUAAGGAUUAUAGGAACCACUAUGGAUUGUAUGUCUUUUACUAUGUUGGUAUUUUGGAUUUUAAUUGUUUUAUUUUAUUGAUCUACUUGUAGACAAGAAGCUAGAUGGGUAAGAAACACUUUGUGCACUGGCAUGUAGCAGGUAUGAGACAACAUAGACUCAGUAUCUUCACACUGUAUUUCUAUAUCAUCAAGUGACAGAUUAAAAAACUCCAGAUUGCACAGCAGUGAGAACUGAACCUUGAUGAUCUUUAAAAAGCAGAACUAAAAUACACCUCCGCAUAGUACUAUAUUUACUUUCAUCUGACCUUUAUUUUUACACUUAGGGGAAAGCACAGAGACAGACACUGUUUUUAUUAAUAAUGUAGCACUUCUGCUUUGACCCACCGAUGGUAGCUAUGAGGCAGACUUUUCUUAGUGGAACAACAAAGAUAGAAAUAAGAUAAAAUCAUGUUUUAUGUUUGCGCUCAUGUCGUCAUGGUCACAUCCUGCUGCAGGCUGAUCUGCUUUUGUCUGGUUCAGUUUGAAGCAUGUAUGUGUUUUUGUUUUGUGGCAUAAUGUAAAUGAUUGAAGAAUUUUAAGCUCGAUAAAACCAAGGAAUGAACAGAGGAGGAGAAAGGUUGCUUAUGAUCUCGGAAAAACAAUGACUGAAAAGUUUGUAAUGUUUGUUGUAGGACUUCAGAUUCUCAGAGUAGUGAUUACUAGAGAUUAGUUUUGAAUUGAGAAGAAACGCGUCUCAUAUUGAACUUGUCUGAAGACUUUUUGUGGCCUCUAUGAGGCUGCCUUUCCUCAUUGUUUUUCUUUUUUUAUCCUAAAUAUAACUUUUGUUUUUGGUGCAAGUUUGUUUUGUUUUUGUACAGUGCACGUCUGGGAUAAUAAACUUGUAAACAAAG